AUGGGUGCUACAAUUUCGGCUAUCGUAAUUUUUCUCUUGUUCAUGCAUCUUGGAAGAAACACACACCCUUAUCAUCCCGAGAAACCUCUCUUGUACCAGUGUCACGGAAGUCCCCUUUUGGUCAAAUUUUCAAUCUUUCUUUCCAAUUUUGAAGACCAUUCAUAA